AGUUUCAUGCACAGUUGUUGUUUUUAAGCAGCUCUGUAAAGACUGAGUGGGUACAAGAUGGCAUCCCAGCAGCUCUACUUGAGGAUAAUGGGGCUGGCUGUGUUGCUGACACUCUUAACUCUCAGAGAUGCAUCCAGUGAGAGCAGCUUGCACAAGAUCUUAAAGAAAAGAGAUGUGGCAGGAGCUGGUACUGCCCCAUCAAAGUCCUCUGUUGCUGUCCCGUCUUCCAAGGCACAAGAGUUUCUGGCAAAACUGAGCAGAACCAAGAGAAACCUUUGGGAUCGGAGCAGACCAGACGUGCAGCAGUGGAUUAUGCAGUUUAUGUACAUGGGAUUUGAUGAGCAGAGGCUCGAGACUGACCUGUCGUACUGGAUGGAUCAAGCUCGCGCCAGUGACCAAGGGCGUCAACACCACUAUGACGAGAAUGCCGCCAUCGGCCCCCGUGACCACGGUUCUUAUAGACACGGAGCAAAUGUCAACUACGACUACUAUUAACUGCCAGUUAGUUCUUCACCUGCCAUGCAGCUGCCAAUAUCUAAAUAUUCAACACAGCUGCUCCUUUGUUUUUACUGGUUACACCAGAAUGAUCCAUUGUCAUUUCUGUCUCACUAACCACACAAAUUUGGUAAAGAGCGGAGGCAAUGCUCAAGGACCACAAAAACAAAAUUAUCUGUGCUAUUUACAAAUUCUUUUUUCCCCCUAUACAUUUUGAGGCAGCUGAUUUUUAUGAAAUACUGUUAAAAUCUGAAUCCUGGCUCUUUUGUCAUCACAAGAUUAUUGUAAAUAAAGAUGUGGCUUCAUAUUGCCUGAGUCUCCCCCUUUUUAACUUCCAUAAAAACGAUACACACA